AUGGAUAACAACGACACCCGGAUAAAAAAUCUCGGUGGAGGGUCUUUACUCAUUGCGUGGCAACUCAAAGGCAAAAAUGUCCUUAUUGUCGGAGGUGGAGAAGUAGCUUCACAGCGUAUUGAAUCCAUUCUCGCAUCCGACGCCUUUAUCCAUGUCCUGUCACCCCAGAACGGCCUCCAUCCUCGGACACGGCAAUUUAUUGAACUUCGAAAGGACCGCAUCACUUAUCAUGAACGAUGUUACAGUGGACCUGGAGAAUUGGAUGAUAUGGACAUGGUACUUACUGCACUAGAUGACAACGAACUGUCACGCUCCAUCGUCGAACUCAGUCGCCAGAGGCGAAUCCCUGUCAAUGCUGCCGACAUUCCCGAUCUCUGUGACUUCUACUUCGGCGCACAAAUUCGCGAUGGCCCGCUACAAAUCAUGAUAUCAACAAAUGGUAAUGGCCCUCGAAUAGCGAGCCUUAUUAAAACCCGGUUGCAAAAAGGAUUAUCAGGGUUAGAAGGGGAGGCCAUCAUCAAGGUGGGUCAAUUGAGAAACAAACUCAAGGAGAGGGCACCAGGCGUUGGGGGACAGUUGGGUCGCGACAGAAUGAAAUGGAUUUCGAGUUUAUGCAACAAAUGGGAAAUGGAGGAUUUCACCCUUUUGGACGAAGCUAUGAUGGAUAGAUUAUUGGACGAAGGGUGGGAACAAGGUAAACGAGUUCCCGAAAUCAAAGAUCUAGGCAUUCGUCCUACCGGAAAUAACACACAUCGUUGUCGACUAUACAAUGCCUGUUCAAAUUCUCUUGUACAAACGGUUAUAGCAUUUGUAGCAGGGGCGGCCAUGACGACGCUAUUGUUUCGCCACGUUUCGAAAAGAUGA